UUGAUGUUGGUGCCACGGCGAGCUCCGGAAAGGUGAUGCUAGAGGAUGCACGGGCCAGGUUCACGAAAUCUUGUGACUUUGCCGAUGCGACCUCAACUCCACGCCACCGAAUCCCCAAGGCAAGCUGUCCGGUCAAUCCCAAUCACAACCUCUAGUUGAAGCAGUAAACAAUGCAUCCACAUCUUCACACCGCGGAAAACCAAAAGAACUGCGCUGACGUGAUUGCCGCCCUCGACGAAUGCCACGCCCGCGGUUUCAUCCACAAAGUCCUGGGCAAUUGCACCGACGCAAAAUACAGAGUCAACAUGUGCUUGCGCGCGCAACGGCUCGAACGAACACGACAGAACCGAGAAGCGGCCAAAGAGAAGCGGAAGCACAUUGAGAAAGUGUGGGCGGAGAUCGAUGCGAAUUCAUGAAGAGGUGGAACGACCGAAUAUGCAUUUUCUGGAGUAGGAUUGGAGUUUAGGACAGGAGACACUGUAUCAUAUCCGGGCAUCAUAGGCAUAUGAAAGCGUCCGCUACCAAGAAACCCGAAGCAAAUGUGACCGUACUUGGAGACUUUUGGAGCAUUAUUUGGCAUUAAAGAAUAUCUACUCAUCCUCCGACUCCCCACUCGACCCAGAAGUAGCUAGUGGAGUAGUGCCGAGACUAUCUAAGCCCCUCUCCGUAAUGAGCUUGCUCCCUGCCGCGCCGUUCGCAGGCAAUGCUGGCAUGCCAGCUUCCUGCCGCAGUCUCUCAUACUCCUCGCCUGUUUUCUGCAACUGCUCCUGCAAAUACUGCCUCCUCUCCUCAAUCUUAACUUUGUUUUCUCUCAGCUCUUCCAACUUCUUCAAGAUCACC